UCUCUGUCUCUCUCUUGUGUUGUCUGGAUUGAAAACAAAGGCGCUGGCACAAAAGGAAAGGAGGUUUGAGCCUCGGAGAGCUCCCUGGUUCAAAAGAAAGAAAAGUGGAGCUGUGAAGGGAAGAAAGAAUAAAAAAAAAGCAUAUUUUUAAAAAACUAAUCCACUUUUAGGUUCGAAUCGGUAUCGUCGUGGCUCUGCUGAUCGGACUUAAAGCUUAGUCUCGUUGUUCUUACUCGAUCUCACUUCAGCAGAGUACUGAAUCUCUCAGAUCCUUCCAUCCCUUCGCUACCUCUUCUGUUCGAGUUCGAGAUCUGUAAGCGAKCCCUAAUGGCGUUUUGACGGUCGAGUGGCAUACUCAGUGAGCAAUGGAUGCUGAUAAUAUUAUAACUGGUGGUGUGAACGAGAUGAACCAUGAAAAUGGUGUUCUUGAUGAACUUCCUUCUCGAGGCAAGGAAAGUUUAAUGUUAGAGGAAGUGAAUGGGACUCUUGAUUAUAGUACAAAAUCUGUACAGCCAGACGGAAGUUCAGAAAUUGCAGCUGAAUUGGAAGAGGUCUUGGCUCUAAAUUCACCCAUAGAGGAAGUUCAGGACAGAUCGGUAAUUCACAUGGAAAGCAAUGAUUUGAGUAAGGAAUUGAGUGGAAAGGACAAAGAGCAGACAGAUCAUCAGAAACCAAAGAAAGGCCAAACGAAAAGCAAGAAUGAGAAGCCUUCUAGUACCAAAGUUGGUGUUGCAACCUCAGUCCAAAAGAACAAAUAUGGAAAACAUGUUGAGGUAACAACUUCUGUUUCAAAUGGUUCGCUGACCUUGGAUAUGUGCCCAAAGCAGCAUGUUGCCCAAACAACCAGCCUGAGGUCAAAUAAUGACAAGCAAGCUAUUGAAGGCAAUGCAAGUGUUGACUUAAGUAGGCCAACAAAAUUGAUUUCUGUGCCAAGUAYUACUCGGAAAUCACAGUGAUCAUGGUCAUCACUUUUCUUUUGCUUUCAACAGCAACAUGGAAAAUCUGGCUCAGGGUCCAURAAAAAUGUGUCACAGUCUGAAAAUCUGAAGUAAGUAUUACUUGCUGA